UCCAAUCCUAUUAUAGGAAGAUCAUUAGGGAUACAGUUGGAAUUGGGUCUUUGUUAUAAUCUUAGUUUGGACUUUUCAUGUUUGCCCACAAAACAGCUGAAAUAUAUUGAUGAUUCUUUGGCUAAAUUUCAGAAGAAAAGUUUUGACUGUUCCCCUAUUCUUGCUACAGUUCUCAUUUUCCUUUUUCAAGGCUUUAAUGGGCAAGAGAAUAAGAAUUGCAAGGAGGAAUGCCAAGCGAUCCAUCUGAAAGUGGGGAAAAGGAAAUGUGUAGAACAGAAGCAACCAAAAAGUGAUGAGUGUGAAAAGAUCUUCUGUUCUUCUGAGUCACUUAUAAUCCAUCAAAAGAAUCACACAGAAGAAAGACCUUAUAAAUGCAUGGAGUGUGGAAAGGGUUUCACGAAGAGUAGUAAUCUUACUAUCCAUAAGAGGAUCCACACAGGAGAGAAACCAUAUAAAUGCAUGGAGUGUGGAAAGACCUUUACUUGCAGCAGUAGUCUUAAUGCCCACAAGAGGAGCCACACUGGAGAGAAGCCAUAUGUAUGUGUGGAAUGUGGACAGACCUUCAGGUGGAAAUCUGGUCUUACCAACCAUAAAAGGAUCCACACAGGAGAGAAGCCGUAUCAAUGCAUGGAGUGUGGAAAGAGCUUUAAUUAUAGAAGUGAUCUUAAUGCCCACAAGAGCAGGCACACAGGAGAAAAGCCAUAUAAAUGUGUGGAAUGUGGAAGGGGCUUCAUAUGGAAUUCUGCUCUUAUCACUCAUAAAAGGAUCCAUACAGGAGAGAAACCAUAUCAAUGCAUAGUGUGUGGUAAGAGAUUUGCUCGUAGCAAUGGUCUUACUUACCACAAAAGGAGCCACAUAGAAGUCAUGUAAAUGUUUGCAGUGUGGAGAGGGCUUUAGAAAGAGUUGUAUUCUCAGGUCCCAUAAAAGGAUCCAUACAGGAGAAAAAACCAUAUGAAUUCAUGGAGUUCUUUUAUAAUCCAUCGAAGGAAUCACACAGGAGAAAGACCUUAUAAAUGAAUGUGUGGGAAGACAUUUACUCACAACCGUCAUCUUACUUCCCACAAGAGAGAAGCCAUAUUGAGGCAUGGAGCAUGGGAAGGGUUUUAGGAAGAGUAGUCAUCUUUCCUCCCAAAAUAGGACUCACACAGGAGAGAAACCAUAUCAA